CAGGUCGCAGCGUUCAGUUCUACGGUGUGUUUGGUCUGAGUGCACAUACUUCUCGCGCGAUGAGGAUACCAUGUGAGACAAAGACCAGUUUUUCGCUGCGUCAGAAAUAGUACACGGUAGUUAACGACAUGCGAAGGAGCGGUAUCCGUUCCAGCCGUCCACAUGCAUCAGUUCGGCGCGUUCGGUGCAACGUAACAACACCAAUGUCUUCUUUCACAGGACACGUAUGGCUGAAAAUGAUUCGAGCGCCGCAGGUGAUUCACUGCCAUCGCGUGAGUAUUGAUGAAUAUAUUUCUCAGUCUGAGGUCGGGUUACGUGGAGGAGGACUUGAGAUGCUCGUCGUGGCAUUGAUACGCGGGCAAAGAACAUCAUCAAACAGUGGCUGUCGAAGUCAGCACCGUGGAAUCAGCGGACCUAAAUGUGGUGUGGAUCAAACCGUAAUUUGAUACGGUCCAAAGAAUUCAAUUCCGACUAUACCGUUCCUGAACCGUACUAGCGUGCCGCGGAAGUGAUGGAGAAAAACACGAGAGACACCCUCGUUUCAUCGACCACUGUUAUACGCGCCAUCGGAUGCCAGCAUCUCCCAUUUUAAACUCGAGAAUGGUCAUGAGCACAGAUCCGCAUUAAACCCUGACAGUGCAAAUCCGCUAAAAACGAGCCAAUGAGAUGUGCGGAAACUAAACAUUUACCCCGCUCAGUAUUUCUGGCUAGCUUAUGGGUGUCAAUCAUCUGAUCAUCUGGGAUGCGUCCCACGGAUGCUUCCCCAUAUAACUAACAUCCCGGACUUCUUUCUGCCAAGUAUCGACCUUCUCGCGCGGUAACAUUCAACGCUCAGCCAGUGCGACCCUU